UUUCAUCACUUGACACAAACCAAGGCCCAAAAGACAGAUUCCAAAUAGAAUUAUAUAAAUGUCCCUCUCAAUUCUGCAGUAGCAAAACUCAAGUGCCCAGUAUUUUAAUUACUGACUCUCUUGAAUUUUCUUCAACAUUUUUUCUGAUGAUAUAAAACAAUAAGGGAGAAUGAAAUAAUGGGUUGUGUAAGUGAGGAAAGGUGGCUUUAUUCGGCCCAAAUGAUAUCUACCCACACGGUUUUGGAAGAGGAAGAGACGACGAAGGAGGCGGUCAAGGUGGAGGAUUUUGGUGGGUCGAAGUCCAAGAAGCAGCAGCCAGGUGAGUUGAGGUUGGAGAGAGUAUUUCCUGUUUAUGCUGUUGGUGUUGUUUCGGAGCCUGACCCGAAUUUAGUGGCCUCGGUUGCCAAGUCGGGUUGUAAACCUGGUGACCCUAUUUGGGAUGCUGUCGGAGAAGAAGCUAAGUUGGAGGCAGAAAAGGAGCCAAUUUUAAGCAGCUUCUUGUAUGCAAGCAUAUUGUCACAUCACUGUUUAGAGCAAGCAUUGGCAUUUGUCCUUGCCAAUCGUCUGCAGAAUCCCACACUUUUGGCGACACAAUUACUAGAUAUUUUCUCUGAUGUAAUAAUGCAUGAUCGAGGCAUUCAACGUUCAAUUCGCCAUGAUAUACAGGCAUUUAAAGAUCGGGAUCCUUCUUGUUUGUCAUAUUGCUCUGCUCUGCUAUACCUGAAGGGAUACCAUUCUUUACAAACACAUCGAGUUGCACAUGCAUUAUGGAACCAAGGACGCAAAGUCUUGGCAUCAGCUUUACAAAGUCGUGUCAGUGAGGUUUUUGGAGUUGACAUACACCCAGCUGCAAAAAUUGGAGAAGGAAUUCUCUUGGACCAUGCUACUGGUAUAGUGAUUGGUGAGACAGCUGUUGUUGGGGAUAGAGUUUCGCUAAUGCAGGGCGUAACCUUGGGAGGAACUGGAAAAGAAAUUGGUGAUCGGCAUCCAAAAGUUGGUCAAGGUGCACUUAUAGGAGCUAGUGCAACUAUAUUGGGGAACAUAAGAAUAGGUGAAGGUGCAAUGAUAGCUGCUGGUGCCCUGGUACUAAAAGAUGUCCCUCCUCACAGCAUGGUGGCCGGAAUUCCAGCAAAGGUGAUUGGUUAUGUGGAUGAGCAAGAUCCCUCUCUAACAAUGAAGCAUGAUGCCAGUAGAGAAUUUUUUGAAUACAUAGCUGCUCGUUCCAGUGGAGGCAGAUCUUCUGAAAUGAUUGGCCCUCAAGAAAAUGGAGGUACAUCCAGAGAUGCACAAGUAGAGACCUAAGUGUUGUUGAAUGCAUUUCCCCAUUUACUUCAACAACUGGGGUGGAGACGUUUUUGUGUUUUCACCCUGUCAAUUUCAAUGUUAUAGGAAAAUAAAAGUUAGUCAGAGAUUGGAUAGACCACUCAAUCAUGUAAAUGCCUGUGAUUCCCACCCAGAGGAGAUCUAAAAUCGCUUGACGUGACUGAUGGAUUAGUUUGACGAAUCCUUUUUUUUUUUUUUUGUUCAUUUCUGAUAUUCAUUGUAAUUCUUCUCAUGUAUGAUGAUGAAAAUGCUUCACAAAAUGCGUCUCUUCCGAAUGACUAUCAAUUGCAGUUGAGGGAAUUUGAGUCGAACA